AUGCCAUAACCAAGGAAGCGACACUCUGGUGCGGACUGGCUACAGUUCGUUUUACGAAGAAAUCUGAAACGAAAGGGGGGAAUGAAUCGGCAUCUGUAGUUGGUUGAGUGAGUGCCAACGAGAUAACCAUUCUGUUGUAACAGAAUGGAUAGAUAGGCCUGCAGAAAUAGAGAACCUGGCUAUGCUUUCUUUAGCCUAUUGUGUGCGCGCGCUGUUGAAUCUCAGUGAUGGCAUGUAGACGUACCUAAUUCUAUAUGUUGGACUAAUUAAACGUCUCUUGCGUGGUGAGAUUUACCGUUAGGACAUCAGAGUAAACGCAGUGAUGUACACGAGAUGUCUCAGAAGCAAACUGCCGGUGUGGGCCGCCCUGUGCGUUUUGGUGCUAUGCUGGCUGUACAUAUAUCCCUCAUAUAGACUUCCAAGCGAUAAAGACAUAGCAGAAGAGGUCCUUCGACAGGGAAAUUUGUGGACGAAAAAUCAGACGGGGAUUGAUACAUUCAGGAAACUGAUCAUGGAAUGCUGUGACCCAAGGAAGAUGUUUGCUCUUACAAAGGAGAAUUCCCCAAUUGGCAAAGUCUUGUGGUAUGAUGGAGAAUUGUACCACUCUCGCACAAUCAACAAUGAUACAUACCCACUCUUUGUAAAGGAGGCACCGUUGAAGGUCCCCCUUAAACGCUGUGCUGUUGUAGGCAAUGGAGGGGUCCUGAGGAACAGUGGCUGUGGUGGGGACAUUGACCAGGCAGACUUUGUCAUGCGAUGCAAUCUUCCUCCGCUUUCCGAAGAUUACACAGCUGAUGUAGGUACAAAAUCCCAUUUUGUGACAGCAAAUCCGAGCAUAAUUGAAAAAAGGUUUCAGAACCUCUUGUGGUCACGGAAACGGUUUGUGGAGAGUAUGAAGGCGUACGGUUCCAGCUACAUCUACAUGUCUGCUUUCACCAUGAAGCCCGGAACUAAACCGUCUUUGAGAGCAUAUUAUGCCCUGGCUGAUACCUCAUCGAGCCAAAAAGUACUCUUUGCCAACCCCGACUUCCUGAAGAGUGUUGGGAAGUUCUGGAAAAGGCGUGGCGUGCAUGCCAAGCGUCUCUCCACAGGCCUCUUUCUGGUGAGCUUGGCUCUGGGUUUGUGCGAUGAAGUGAAGGUCUAUGGCUUUUGGCCAUUUCCGGAGAACCUAAACCAGCAGCCUAUUAGCCACCAUUAUUAUGACAAUAUCCUCCCUGACUCUUACUUUCACGCAAUGCCUGAAGAAUUUUUACAGCUCUGGAAUUUACACAAGACCGGCACCUUGCGUUUGCACACAAGUCACUGCACUGAAUGGCAAAACAGUGAUGAGAACAAGCCUCAUUAAUUCACUAAUUCUGUGUGACUUUGUUAACUUGUUCUAUUGAACUCAGCGCUCUACACUAUCCACCUUAUUCCUGGCGUCGUGGCUGGAGCAACAGAAAAGGGGUGCAAUUUCCGGUAUUUACAGUACAAUGUGAUGGUUAAUAACUAUUGUCUUAAAGAUGCAGCUGCAAAUAACUCAGGGAAACGUUAAUUUUAAGGGGUCACUGUUGUACUUACAUUAUUAGAUACAGUGCAAUAACUGGUACAAUAACAUGGAAGUACAAAACCAGUACAUGUUAUUACAUCACAUUUUUGUGUAUCUACAUACUGUAAUGACAAUGUAAUAUGAAGAGGGUUUAUAAUAAUUUGCCAAGACAGUGAAUUCUUCCAGGGAGGCAAAGGACUGAACAGCGGCCUAAAACACUGUUGGUAUGUAGAUAAACAAAAAGAAUACAUGAUGUAUGUACAACACUAGUGUAUGUUAUUACACUAGUAAUUACACUUUCCCUAAUAUGGUAGGUACAUUGUGACAGUGACCCCUUAAAAUUAAAUGUUACCUAACACAGAGUCAUAACAAAAUAUAACUAAGUUGAAGUGGAACGCCUUUUUGCGCAUGAUAUCAUGGGAGCUAGGAAUAAGAUGGAUUGUACGUAAAAAAAAAAUACUCAGCCGAAGUACGAAUGUCUAUCUGUGACAGAAGAUAGAAGUCUAUCUGUGAUGAGAUAACUUGUAAAAUCAACUCAACUACUGCUGUAUACUACUAAGGUUAAGGGUAUUUUCACAUGUAGUCCCCCUUUAAGUGAACCAAACCAACAGAAAAUGGACUCUGUUAUACUUUUCUUCACAUUGUGAGUGUAUUACAAAAAGGACCAGGUGCUCUAGCUAUGAAUGAGCGUUAACUCCAAACCCCUUGCAUCCAUUAUCCACCCUGCACAAAACUCUCCUCCUGAAAGGUACACUGUGUAAUAUUUUAACAGUUUAUUUCCAGAAUUCAUGCUGCCCAUUUACAAAUGUUACCCUUUUCAUGAAUACUUACCACCACCACUACAAUCAAUAUCUAGGUAUUCAUUAUUCUAGGUAUUCCACCAAUUAUUUCUAGGUAUUCAUUCAUUUGGAUAAUGGCACUUCUCAUACAUGAAAAGAGGUAUCUUCUCCAUGGUCCGCCAUUUUGAAUAUCCAGAAAUAGGCAUUUUUAACUGCAAAAUUUACUAUACUUUGAUAAUACUAGUAAAUAUUAGUUCAUUAUUUAGUAAAUAUUCAUGAAAAGAUCAAAUUUGACAGUACACAGCACAGUACAUAGGGCCUAUACACUGGCCACCAUCUUACACAGUGCACCGUUAAACUUCAUGUCUCUAAUAGGACAGGCAUUACAAUAGAACUUCAUUAUUGACAAGGGUAGAUUGAAGCCAUAGCCUACUUCAAAAUGCAUUAUCUCCUGAUCUCAUGUUCCUCAUAAACAACGGUAAGCAAAGACAAUUUGUUUAAAAAAAGCAAAGAAAACUUUGUGUUCACAAUGCACAGACUAGCGAACUGUACCGCAGGCUUUUUAGUGAACUGCACUGGGUACGGUUUGGAGUGUGCACAUAUGCACAGAAUUUUUUUUGUCACAGGUCUGAGUUCACUUAAAUGGCUUAAAGCAGGGGUGGGGAACCUUAUUCAUUGGACUUCACUUCCAAUUCCUCCAAGGGCCGUAAAAGUCCUCCAAGGGCCGUACUAUAAACACAAACCAGGAUUUCCCCCUGCACUUUAGGCCUAUAUUGAGGGCCCUCGGGACAAGGUUCCCCACCCCUGGCUUAAAGGGACCAAGUGGGAAAAUACCCUAAGGCCCAUGUUCUCCUGUGCAGACUGUUCUCACAUUUUAUGCUAUUUUGUGUAAUUUAUGUCACACUUUUCUUUGCUAUAAAUGAAAAAAAUGAAUGCAAGCUGUGCUCAGACCAAACUAAUCCCUAACCCGUCACUAAAUUAAUGUUUUUUUGCAUCUUUAGUUUUGCCAUUAACAAUAAAAUAACCAAGUACGUAAUACGUGAGACAAAACAAAUCUGUGCCUAGACCAAACCCAUAGCCUGCCCCUACAAUAACUCCACUCCUAACCAAAGCCUGUCACGCCGAAAUAACAUGCAAAAACAGUUGAAACUCUCUCUCUCUCUCUCUCUCUCUCUCUCUCUCUCUCUCUCUCUCUCUC